GGUCUGUGGGUUUUUGUCCGGGGGUUGAUUCCCGCCCCCUCUAGCCCUGGUCGUCUAGACUGGUGGGCCAAGCGGCAGUUGAGUUUGGGCAUCGGUGCGGGACGGGUGUCGCUCGCUGCGCGUUCUUGGCGCGAAUUUCAAAUUGUUGACAUGCGCGCGUAAUCUGUGGAAAAAGUGGAAUUGUGUUUGUGACUUUUUGGACUAGAAUUGUGCAAAUGGAUUGAUUGGUAUGAGAGAAGACAGAGGACCACAAUGCGAAUCACCGUCAAAAUUUGGCUCCUACACAAAGUGUGCUAAGAUGUGGUAGUGCCCCGGCGAGAUGGAUACCUUUGCCGUGGUGACGUCACUGUUAGGGAUCUUCUGCUUAUGUCAUGGUCCAGUGGAGGGUGGAAUAAGCGAUGACUACAAUGGUAGUGGAGAAGCGCCGUACAUCAUAGAGCAGCCUUUAGACGUCACUGUAGCUAGACAUCAGCCGGCCACACUUAACUGCCGGGCUGGAGGAUCCCCCACUCCUGCUAUAAAGUGGUACAAAGGCGGAGUGCUGGUGGUGUCUGAUACUCAUAGAAGCCUGCUGCCCGCUGGUGGUUUAUUCUUCUUGAGAGCUACUCAUGGGCGUGCCCAUUCUGAUGCUGGGGUGUACUGGUGCGAAGCCACUAACCCAUUUGGCACAGCAAGAAGCAGGAAUGCAACUCUGCAUGUUGCCGUUCUUCGAGAAGAAUUUAGACUUGAGCCAGUGUCGACGCAAACAGCGCAAGGAGAGACUGUGAUACUAGAAUGCUCGCCGCCGCGAGGCUCUCCGGAACCACUGGUCUAUUGGAAGAAGAACGGUCAAACAUUGCAUUUUGAUGGGGACUCUAGAAUGCACCUGGUAGACGGCGGCAGCCUUGUGAUUCAAGACGCGAGGCAAACCGACGCCGGCCGCUACCAAUGCAUCGCCAGGAAUGCGGCUGGUACCAGGGAAUCUGCCAUCGCAACGCUCAAAAUACACAUUAAGCCGUAUUUAAUCACGGGCCCGGACGACGUGGUGGCGCAGACUGGAGGCAGCGUGACGUUUCAGUGUCGAGUGGGGGGUGACCCCCUCCCCGACGUGCUGUGGAGGAGGUCUGCCGGAGGCGGGAACAUGCCACUUGGCCGCGUCAAGGUGCUAGACGACAGAAGCCUGAGAUUAGACAACGUGAUCUUGGCUGAUGAGGGCGAGUACACGUGCGAAGCUGACAAUUCUGUUGGAGCUGUCAGUGCUAGCGGCUAUCUAACUGUAUACGAUCCUCCGUCAAUUAGCUUACAACCGAUCUCAGUCACAGUUGAGAGUGGUUUAUCAGCAACUUAUACAUGUACAUCGUCGGGCAGACCAGACCCAACUAUGUUCUGGAGUUUGGAAGGAAAUAGAACAAUAAUUUUCCCCGGCACUUCGAGUGGCAAAUAUCACGCGUCAGCGGUGCUCGAUGGCGUCACAACACUCACAAUCAACGACACAAACAAAAAUGAUACUGGAAACACGAUAGUUUGUUCGGCAGUCAACUUCGCUGGCAGUUCGUUUGUCAGAGGGAAACUAAGCGUGACGUCAGACGAUGACCGCCCGCCGCCAAUCAUAACAAACGGUCCCUCUAACCAAACGUUACCUAUAAAAUCGAUGGCAGUUUUCCCCUGCACGGCCAUCGGUACACCUGAACCAAUCAUAGCCUGGUAUUUCGAAGGGGAAGCAUUAAUACAAAAUCAUAGGAGGAAUGUGUCUAAUGACGGUACCCUGAUAUUAAAGGAUUUAGAUAAAGACGACAGCGGCGUUUACACCUGUGUCGCCUCGUCUCCACACGGCAAAUAUGUGUGGAGCGGGACUUUGUUAGUAGAUAGUCCUAUAAAUCCAAACAUACACUUUUUUCGAGCGGCCGAUAUAUCGGCCUUGCCUGGACCGCCUACCAAACCUCAAAUACAUAACGUGUCAGACACAACUGUCACCUUAACUUGGAAUCAAAACAACAAAAUCGGAUCCUCUUCCAUACUAGGCUAUCAAAUUGAAGUUUUUUCUAGAGAAAGCUUGACCGGAAACAAUACGCCAAGAAACUCUAGGGGUUGGGUUGUUGUGGCGAGAAAGGUACACGUAACACAAUAUGUUGUUAAAUCCCUUGUACCUGGAAUCACAUACAUGUUUAUUGUUAGAGCUGAAAACUCGCAUGGUUUAUCGGGCCCCAGCCCGAUCUCGGAGUCCGUAGCCGUCGGAGAAGAUAACAACGCAUUAUGGGAAACCGGUGUGUUCUCUAAUAAUACCGAAUACAGAAACAAUAUUUUGACUGAUAACAUCGUUGAACUGAUUGAAGCGACGCCAAUUGAUUCUAAAACAAUAAAACUCAUGUGGGAAAUACUGAAUUUCUACUAUUUGGAAGGACUGUUCAUAUACUAUAGACCGCUAGAUAACAUGACAGUUGAGUACGAGAUGAAAACUAUUUUACAUUCCAACGACGUUUCCGGAUAUGAAAUAACAUUUUUGAGAAAAUACACAAAGUACGAGUUUUUCCUUAUACCUUUUUACAAGAGAUUUGAGGGAAAGCCUUCCAAUUCCAGGGUGGCUCAAACUUUGGACGACGUGCCCGAUGGUCCGCCGAUGAAUAUAGAAAUGUACAUUUUGAAUACGACCACUGUUCACUUGAAAUGGUCCCCUCCUGAAUUGCAUUUACAAAACGGUAUAAUUACGGGCUACAAUGUUGUGGUGAACUGGCUGGACAUACCUGCAAACAAGUCCAUGAUUGCUAUAAAUACGACUGUACAGCAAGCUACAAGUUUGAUUAUGACUAAUUUAACUUCUGGUGUAAGUUACUCGGUCCAAAUAGCAGCUGAAACUAUCGUCGGUCUGGGCCCGUUCAGUCAAAAAGUUUACUUAAACAUUGACUCUCGAUCUGUCGGCUUGGAUCCAUUAUCGAGAUACCCCAACAAUGGGGAAGUUUCUAUAGUGGCAGGGGAUUUCGUAAUGGAAACAUGGUUUUACUUUUUGAUUGGAGCAAUUGUGUUGUUCAAAGUAAUUGUGAUUGGCGGCAUAAUUUACGUGCGGCGCAACAAUAUAUUUGCGAAAAAGUCCGCUUUGCCCAACAUUUAUGAUUCUAAUGGGACAAGUUUAGUCACGCAGAUGAACAUAAAAGCGGCCGUGUCGUUGUCACAUCCACUAAGCAGUUGUUACAAUAAGAACACUGUGACAAAAACUGAAUCACUGCUGUGGAUGGAGAAUCAACCGGGAUUGUGCAUGUCCGGUAAUCAAACGACGCAGAGCAAAGAGAAAGCUAAUUCUGAAUAUGACAAAGUUACGCCUCAAUUGCCGGAGUACGCGGAAGUUACGUCUUCGAGAGUUAAUGGGAAUGAAUGGAAUACGAGCAAGACUGCCAACUCGCCCGCCGCGUACGCCUCCGUCACAUUAGUAGCUAAUACUCGGCAAUGCGUCAGUUCUUUGGGUUGGUUUCCGCAAACCGGUAAAAAUGUGGACUCCUUCGACAAUCGAUAUGCGCCUGAUGAAGAACUAUACCCGGCUAGCAACGGUGGCUACUACAACAGGAAUGUGUACAGCGAGAAAUACUUCCAAGGUCAUCCAAACGUGCUCAAGUUCUACGACUUACCAUCUUUAGACAAAUCUCAAAAGGCUCAGUUGAGAUACAACCAGAGCUUAGACGAAAGAAAAGGGGACGCGACUAAGAAUGAGGCUACGCAGUCGCUCAUAGGUAGGACGUACGGGAUCAAUUCGAGGAAGAAUUCCGAAUCGGAGACGACUUACAGAGCGUUCGGGGAAGAGGAAUCGGACGACGAGAAUUACGGGGAAGAUGGUGGGUAUGACGAGUUGCAAGCGAUGCAGCCGCAGCGACAGAGACCCCAGCAUCAGUACGAGCGGCCUAACUUCGACACCGAUAGUUCUAGGACGCUGGCGAGGCUGACGUCAUUCCGGCACGGCCAUGGCGGCUCGACGCAGCCAUCCGGGGCGCCUGCGCAUCCCCCCGCGCCACACCUUCGGGUGGAAUCUGUCACGCGGUAGUAUCACGCUUUGCCGGUUUUCGGCGACCUGUGCCAAACGGACGUAUAGACCGAAGUUCCUUUAGUGUAGUGAUACGUAAAGAGAGAUCGCAGUUCUUCCUCACAAUGCGGUGAUACAGUUAUUCAGUGCGUAUUUGAUUGUUUUUGUGAGUGAUAUGGACUUUUUUGGGCCUAUUCGAUGAGAUGGCCUAAACCUAAUUUUCUCCUAUCGCGUAUUUAAUAUUUAUUAGUGUAAAUCUUAACCUAGUCGUUUGUAUAGUGUAAAUAUUGUAAAUAGUAUCGCUAAACUUACAUUAAAUGGUCUGAAUUGAUUGGUAAGAUGUUAAAUUAUUGACUCUUAUUAAAUGUUUAAAGUAUUAUUAUUGGAUUUGAUAAAAUUCAAUUGAUAUGUCCGUCUGAAUAUCAAUAAACGAAUUUUGUAACCUUAAUCAAUAUCAUUAGGAUAAGUAUUAUAGAAACUGAAACAAAUUAACGCUUGGCAAUAAUUUGAUGUAACAUACCUAUUAAUACGAGGUGGGUAUUGUAAAUACAUAAUUAUGAAAAUUAUUUAGCCUAGCAUCAACGGACUUUUGGGUUUAUAGUUUGUAUUAUGUCUGAUUUAUAUUUAUAUGAUUUAGAAAUAAUUUUAUUUUAGUUUUUAGAUUGAUAGAGACGAUAGAGUGAAUUUAUAUUUAAUUUACGGUGCCAUACAAAGCUGUUUUUAGCUCUUAAACUAUAAAUACUGAAGUAACAUUGGAGUUGUGAAACGAAAUUCAAAAUAAAGCUUAAAUAAAAUUGUAAUCUACGUAAGAUAUGUGAUAUGAGUUGAAAUAUAGCCACUUGUUAUAUAAAGUAAAUAGCACAAACAUGUAUAAUUGCAUAUCAUCUGUAUUAGGUCUGUAUGUAGAUAAACAAUACCAUAAUAUACGAUCAUAACUUGAAUUAAAUUUAGGAAAAAAAUCCUAUUGAUUUCAUAGUUUAUCUUUUACUUAGUUUCUUAGUUGAAAAGGGUUCCACUAUCUGUGCUGCGAGUUACUUAGAUCCGCAAAAUAGUCGUAAAAAGGAAAAUAUGUAAGGCUUACACGUCUAUACUGUAAAUUAGGUACCUGACCAUACAUUAAAUCAUUAAGUUAUACCUAUUACUAUCCCAUUGAUACCGCAGAAAUAAUUUAACAUUAAUAAUUUCAGCAUUGUUAAUGGAAAUGGAAAAUAAAACAAUGUAACAAAGUUUCCUAGUAAAUUUAUUAACCAAGCAAUAGAUACAAUUUCAAAAACUAAUUUAAUCAUUGGAUACCAUCUUCUUCUCUAUUUCAUAACCAGAAAUCAUAAUUGUUUCCAAAAUGUUU